AUUUUGUCAAUAUGAAGCAGUUUACCGAAGGGAGCGAUACUGUCGUCGACUUUUUCCACCUGUGAUCAAUUCAGCCAUGGGCUUAUGUACGUAUCCGUGUCUAUUAUUAUCCCACGAACUGCCUCCAAAGAUAAUUGUGCAGUGGGAGCCUGACGGAACUCUUUGCAAGAUGAAUGACCGAUUCUCCCAAGAAAUAAAGACCGGUCACUGCCUAAGAGGAUUGUGCCAAGGGACGGCGAGUUACGGAGCGAUAAAGCGCAUCAAGAGAGGUGCCAGAUCAUCUAUUGCUACCAGUCAGCGGAACAACGGUCAUACUGUCUAUAACCAUUCGAACAGGACAGUUGCAGCACCAAAUGCAGCAACGCUGAGGAGACAGAAGAUCGAACGAAGAAGGAGACAGAUGUGGUUUGAUUGUGAUUGUGCUAGACAAACUGUAUUAUUCCACGAGACGAGUUCUUUACCACGCGCAUUUGGCAGUGGCAGUCGCGGUAAAAGAGGGAAGCGCCGUAAAGUAGGAUGCAGGAUAAUUUGUAUAUUCCUUGUAAACCGAUACAAGCACGACAGCAGCUGGAUGAGCCUUUUUGAAGCUAAUCAAAGUUUUGAUAGAGGCGGCGGGAUUGCAAAUGCUGCGGCUACAUCCGGCGGAAAUGGAACCUUCCAUGGACCUACCGGCGAACAGACGGGUGGUGCAUCUAGAAGAUUAAACGCAGCUGGUCUCAGUAUUGACAUGAGCGGAAUGCAUGGCGCAGGUAUAGUAGGCAGUGGUGGAGUUAGAACCACUAAUAACUUAGCCACCGGACCUGCUAGCGUCAGUAUUACUAACGCUCCUACAAGCGGCGGAGGCAUGGAAGCUGGCGCUGUCACUGGUAAAGGCAACGGCACAGUAGUGGGCAUAGGUACUGUAAAGAACGCUGUGUCUGGAACCGUAAUGACAGGUGCAUCCAUCGGGAACAUAAGUCAGACUAUCAGUAGCGUUUCAAGAGCCAGGAGCGAACGUAAUGGACCAGUACGUGGCGAUGCCACUGGCAGCCCUCUAUUAGUCAUUGGAGGUCCUCCCGAUACCAGAAAGAAUGGAACUAGCACCAAAGGUGCCAAUGGCGUUGAACAAGGCAGCAUGCCAUUGGGCACUGGAUCUGUCGGAAGCGUUAGUAACGCAGGAGGGAGCAGUACGAUUGCUCGUAAUAAUAGCGCCGCAACUGGCGCAGCCCCAAGCAGCGUAUCUGCCGGGGGUCUCAGUGUCAUCAGUGCAACAGGGGCUGCAGGUAUUGUCAGCACUACCGGGAAUAUAGUGAGCAGCACGGGUUUGUCCGGCAGCAAGACACAUACCCCUGGCGGGGCCAGCAUUGAAAGUGGCAGUGGACUAAGGAAUACAGCCGUCGGUGUUGUUGGCAGUGGCUCCAGCACAGUGGUAAACACCACAUCCCUCCUCGGUAGUCGAUUGGGAAUCAAUAAUGGUGGACUGUCAAAUGAGAGUGUUCGUAAUGGUGGCUCAAACACCGUUAGAGGAACCGAACGUUAUAGUGCUUUAGGUGGCGGUACCGUUAGCACCAACGGAGCAGGUCAAGGCAUCGGCUUGUUUGGCAGGAGCGUUGCUGCUAGCAGCGGAACAGCCUUUCCGGGUUCCAAAGGCGCAAUGAACGCUACAGCUAGGGAAGGUGGCGUACGAAGUCACGGAGGCGUCGGAAGCAGCACCAGAGGUAUCGGUAAUGGUGGUGGGUCUAAUGUUCACAGCAAUCAGGAGGGCACAAGUGUCAGUGGUGGGACUGUUAAUAGCAAUGGCGGAAGCGCAACUGUUGCUGGCGGUUCUGCUGGUAAUACUGGGAUGGAAACUAGACGCGCUACAUUAUCAACUGCUGGUUCUCGUGUCGCAGCCACUACUGCCACUGAAAGUCGCCGUGUUCUCACCGUUGUCGCUCCUGGUGGUGCGGCCAGCAGUGUUACAGGAAGCUUGGUAGAAGGCAGUAAAAGUAAUGGUGCAGUUGCCAGCGGCACGGGAAUGAGUGCCGGGCUAACCGGAAACAGCACGGUUCUAAGUGUCAUCAACGGUGUACCUCCUGCUGCUUCAAGCAGCCCAGUGCUUAGUGGAAGCACUGGUGCUGCUAGCAAUGACACAGGCAUUAGCGUCCAUAGCGCCGGAAACGGUGGGAUAGGAAUAGGCCCUAAGGAAUUUCCUCAAGAAACGGGUGGUCUCCCGAAUUCCGGAUCUGAAGCAGCUGGAGGAGCAACUGCAGCAGUUUUUAGUUCUAUUCAUGGUAGCAGAGUUCUUGGUGCUGGCACAAGUGGGGUGCGCAGCAGUGUAAGCCUACUCCACAGCGCUGGGGUGCCAAGCGGUUCUACUCUAAUACUUGCCAGUCCAACCAGCACAAUCACAACCAGCGUAGUUUCUGGAAUUGUCAGUCCUGGUAGCGGAGUAGCCGGCAGUGGCUCUGCAGGGAAUCAUGGUAUUGCAACUAUUAACACUGGCUUACCAAACGGGAGGGCCAAUACCCCUGUGAUAAGCGUUGUUGGAAGCAGCGCUGGAGCCAGUAAUGUGGGUGUCGGCGGUGUUGCCAAUAAUGUCAGCCGUGUCACUAUCGCUGGAGGUGGUAUUAUUGAAGGUUCUACCAGUGGAGGAGGAACCGAUGUAGUUACUGGCCAUGCCAGCAGCGCCAGUGAAGGAGUCAGAAUCGGCCCUGUAGGCAAUCCUGAUAGUGGAAUUGGUAACGCCGGCUCAUCAGGCGGGAGUGCUACUGUACAUGAUACAUCCGCUGUUGAAAGUAGCGCUGGCCAAGGCAGUAUGGCUGUCAGUGGGGCUAGCGGUAGAGGCAAUAUUCCGGCCGCAGCGGGAACAACCGGCAGUAGCGCGAUUGGAUCAGUUACAGCUGGUUUGCCUAACGCGAGGGUCAGUAGCCCCCGCGUUACCACGCUCACAGGAGGUGGAAUGAGCCGUGUCAACAUAGGCCACGAAGAAGGAGUCGGCGCUGGUUUUUCGAGCAAUAGAGGGAUUGCGACACCUACUGACAGGUUGGCCAGUGGAGGUGCAAGCGGUGCAGCGUCCGCUGGUUCUGGUGGAACUGGAAAAGAAAAUGAGGUAGGCGGUGAAGCGAGUAGCACGUUAGGAACGACAAACAACGGGGUCGCUGGUCGUCCUACCGACCUUCGAGUUUCAGGAGGGAGUGAAGCGGCUGGGGGCGUUAGCAGCAGCCCCGGUGUCGAAAUGGGCAAUGUCUCUGCCGGCACUAGUAAUGGAAGCAUAUCUACCGGUGUGCCUGGCGGCAACUCUCUUCCUUCUAGCAUUGAUAAAAAUCCAGUUGUUAGAGAGGAAAACGGCGCUGCCCUUGGCACCAUGGGCAGUACUAGCAGCGUAGGAGUUGGCCCGGCUUCAGGCGUCACAGCAAGCACUGAAACUAUUACAGGUGGGUCACAUGGUUCUACAGCCCGUCCCUCCGGCGUCGUAUUGCCGGGAACUGGUGCGGGUGCACCGACAGGAUCUGUGAGCGGCGCUGUUAGCGGAGGCGUUGUGGGAGUAUACGGAGGCAGUGAAGCGAGUAGCACGUUAGGAACGACAAACAACGGGGUCGCUGGUCGUCCUACCGACCUUCGAGUUUCAGGAGGGAGGGAAGCGGCUGGGAGCGUUAGCAGCAGCCCCGGUGCCGAAAUGGGCAAUGUCUCUGCCGGCACUAGUAAUGGAAGCAUAUCUACCGGUGUGCCUGGCGGCAACUCUCUUCCUUCUAGCAUUGAUAAAGUUCCAGUUGUUGGAGAGGAAAACGGCGCUACGCUUGGCACCAUGGGCAGUACUAGCAGCGUAGGAGUUGGCCCGGCUUCAGGCGUCACAGCAACAACUGAAACUGUUACAGGUGGGUCACAUGGUUCUAGAGCCCGUCCCUCCGGUGUCGCAUUGCCGGGAACUGGUGCGGGUGAACCGACAGGAUCUGUGAGCGGCGCUGUUAGCGGAGGCGUUGUGGGAGUAUACGGAGGUUUCCCAGGGAGCACUAGUCGAAAUACUAACGCUGGUUCAUCUGAAGGGAGCACUCGUCCAUCUCUUUCAACUAGCUCGCCAGAAGCUGGCAUCGGUAGUGCCGGCAGUGGCGCUGGCAGAGAAGUAGGCGCACCCGUUGGUGUUCUCAGCGCUGGAAGAAAUGAAGGCUCAAGCCGCAGUCAUGGCAAUAGCUAUGGUGCUGAUUCUGGUGGUGGCGAGGGUCUCGGCGUGGGUUCAAUAAGCAAUGGCAUGCCAUUCAGUUUUGGCGGAGAAAAUGGUGGAACACCGAAUGAGUUUGGUAACACAGGCGGCGGAAUGAGCGGUGGAACAUGGAGCCCAUUGGGUGGCGCCUAUAAUAACAUGGGUGUAGGCUAUGGAAACAGUCGAUUUGCAGGAGGUUAUGGCAGUAUGGUGGGUAUGCAACCUUAUGGUGGUGGAAACUUCGGCAUGGGUGGUGAAUAUCCGGUUAGGGCACCUCCUCGCAGGAACAUUGAAAUAUAUGAAGAUGAUAUCUUUUUUCAAGACUAA